GGAGCCCUUAAAGGGAUGCGAUUGCGAAAUCUCGGGGAGGAGGGUUACUAUGGCGAGCGCGGGACGGGGCGCGCGGGGGAGGGGCUGUGGGGUAUUAAAGUACAGCGCGCAGUCUCAGCGCCCAGAUUGCGCCGGGACAGGACGACGCCGACCAACUCCUGGACACCGCGAGAAAGUCACCCCUCGAUCUUCCUUCUAGACACCGCGAGGAAGUCGCCCACAUCUUCCUCCUGGACACUUCGAGAAAGCCGCCCUUCUCCCAUGGCCCCGGCGCAUCCGGCGCGGGACGCACGGGCAGGGCGCAGGCCAGCUUUCGCCGGGGCACGUACUGUGGCCCUCCUGCUCCUCGUUGUCAUCGGGCAAGUCCAAACCAGGGAAGCUCAUGAGCCUGCUGUGCUAGAGAGGUGGAGAGGGCAUCUCGAGUUAUGUCCAGCAGGAUCUUACCUGUCAGACACCAAUACAUGUGAAGACUGUGAAGAUGGAGUGGACUAUACCACCUACCCUAAUCACCUCCAGGCCUGCCUGCCAUGCAGCAGCUGUGCCCAAGAACAAAUCGUGCAGCACCCGUGCACCAGGACCUCGGACACGGUGUGCCAGUGUAAGGCGGGCACUUUCCGGGAAGAGGGCUCCCCUGAGUUCUGCCAGAAAUGUCGGACCAGUUGCCCGGAUGGGAUGGUGAUAGUGAGUCCCUGUACCCCCUGGAGUGACCUCAAGUGUAUGGACAAGCAGUCAGGUACCAAGGCCACUGAGGAAGCCCCCGCUCCUGGAAAGCCAGUGACCAGCAGUCCAAGGACUCCCACCUAUCCUUCUCCUUCCGUAGACACGAAAUAUGUCAUACUGGCUUUUGUCAUACUCAUCCUGGUGGGUCUGCUUGUUUAUUUUAAAAAGACGAUAAAACUUUUUCUUCAGAGGAACAUCCUUUCAAAGUGGCCCAGCGCUCUUGUCCAUUGUCUGAAGUCCAGGACCCCUGCCUCGACUGAGAGAUCCUAUCCAGACUGUGGACAGGACUCCAGGACCGGAGACCACAUUGACUUGUCAGAGGCCCCAGGAGGGUCUGAAACUGAGGACAAUGACCAUAGCAGGAUAUCGUUAGAGUGUUCCCUGGUCUUCGAGCAAGAAACAGAACAAGGACAGGUUGCAACAGAUGUCACUGCACAGACCCCAGGGGAGGCAGACUGUUUGUUGCAGGAAUCUGCUGAAGCUGAGAAGUCUCCUGCAGGACGGCGGCAGCUGUGUCCAGCCAGAAAUGUUGACCCCACCGAUGCACUAAGAAAAGUCUUCUCUUAUUGUAUGGAAUAUGUGCACCAUAAAUCCUGGGACCAGUUCAUGCUACACCUGGGCCUCACACCUAAUGAGAUCCACAUAGCAAAGAUUAGCAAACCAGAGGACCCUCUGUGUGAAAUGCUCCACAAAUGGCUCAACAAAACAGGACGCCGUGCAUCCAUCAACACAUUGCUGGAUGCCUUGGAAAAUAUAGGAGAAAAAUUUGCCGUGGAACACAUUGAGGAUAAAGCAGUGAAGUCCAAGGAGUUCAUUUAUCAAGAGCAUUAAACAGACUCUACUGAAUAACGGGAGUGAAAGAACAAUUUUGUGGAUAUAUAGUCUGUGACUGUUAAUGAUACUGGAAUAGAUUCAGAAUGCAUAGUAGAUUACUGAAGCACAGAUACAGGUGUGUCUGUAGAUGACCGACACGCAGGCCAGCAAACAGGGAUAUCUGGGGAAAUCCAGUCCAGGUGUGAGUGGUACCAGCCAAUAGCCUGGUAGCCCAAGUGGGAUAAAAAAUGUAAAAAGAAGGAAGCACGCCCAUUUCCAAAGAGCCCCAGUCUCAGCUAUUGCUUUCUGCAUCAGUCUCCAGUUCCUUCACUUUUCCAGCACAGACCUGCACUGAUGAUUCCACAGUGAGCUUCCAGCCCCUGACCUUGGACCUGUGCUGCAUCUUGAUCCCUCUGGUUCGGAUGCGUCUAUCUUUUGGGCUGGCUCUUCACAUAUUUUAGCUUGGCCUCCUAGGACUUCUUCCUAAAUCUGAGUGGAAGCCUGUGUGACCCUAUAACUUGCAUUCUGCAUGCCUGAGAAACCAACACCUUGUGGAUGAUGCUGUGGUCAGCUGCCAGCGUGAACAGUAGCUGGGUUAUACUGGACCAUGACUGCAGUGGCUUCUCAGUGCCAUGAUGCCUUUUAAAGAUUUUGUUUUGUUCAGGUUGACCUUGAACUCACCGUCUGCCACAGACUGGCCUCAGAUUUGUGGCAGUCCUCUUGCCUCAGCCUCUCAAGUGCUAGGAUUACAGGUGUGCAGUUUCACAUGUCAGUUUUGGCUUCUUUUUAAUGCUAAUCUGUUCGGCAACCAUCUCCUUGACCCAGCUUUGUAGGAGCUUCCUUUCUGGCGAAACUGCAAACUUUUUACAUCAUUUAACUCUACAUUAUUUGCAUCUAAUUCUCACCCUAGAUCCAACCAAAAGCAGCUAACAGUAUCAGUGCCACAGCCUCAACAUGGGGCUGCCUUGAAAUUUUCUCCACCUUAAUUAAUCCACUACCCUUAAUCUCAGUUCCCUGCAAAGGGACAUGGGCAAAAUGUACAUCAAAUUUUUUUUUAACCAUUUGAAAAAACUAUUUGAUCCACAAGAGGUUAACUGAGUCAAAAAGCCAGUUAGGGUGGUGGAUGCCUGUAAUCCCAGCAUACAGGAGGCUGAGGCAAGAGGAUUGCCAUGAGUUUGAGGCAAAAUGUAGAUAAAUUUUAUGCCAGAGAAGAACACACAUAAUCGCAAGUGUUUUCUUUCUUUCUUUCUUUCUCUUUCUUUCUUUUUUCUUUCUUUCUCCUUUCUCUCUCUCUUUCUUUCUUUCUACCAAGGAUCAAACUCACGAUCUCACGCUUACCAGGCAAGCACGUGAGCCACUGUGAUCUCUAGUGUUAACUGCUAAUGGAGUCCAUGUUUCCAACUGAAAUCUCCUGAGUGUGGCCUUACUAUUCACAUUCCUUUCAGCAUGCUGGUCUUCUGAACUCUUAUUAGAAUCACAUCAAUCUCUGCUCACAGCAUUCUAUGGCUUCUCUAGCUGGCAUCUCCAAACCUUUCCAGAUUCCCCCCACAAACCAGUCCCAAAGGCUCCUGACCCACAUGCUCAGCAAUGACCCUACUCUUCAUGCUAAUCUGCCUUUUUUCAUAUCUGAGACAAAGUACCUGACACGUGGAAUUUAAAGAAGUUGAUUUGGGCUUACAGCAUCAGUAAGGUCAGUCAGUCAAUGGUCAGCUGGCUCUAAGGUCCAAACCCCAUGGAAGAAUGGUCAUAGCAAAACUGCUCACUGCAUGGAGACCAAGAAGCAGAAAGAGAAGGAAGGGGUGGGAUGAAAAUAUCCCCUUCCAAGUUUUGCUUGCAGUGACUUACCCUGUGUCAGUUACAGUUCACUAGAGGAACAGAUUUAAUAUAAAUAUACGUAUGUGAUAAAGAAUUUACAAAGUAGGCCAACAACAGUCACCUAUGGAGUCAGGUGGAAGAAUGCAGAGGGACCACUGCAUCCUGGAAAGCGGAGGACUUGGUGGAAAGUGGGAGACCUGGAGCUGAUGUGCUGGUGUGAGUCCAUGUGGGAAAGCCCAACGGUCUGCGUUGGAAUCCUGAAGCAACUGGAAACGAACCUUUGGAUAAAGGCAAUGUGAAGACAGCAACAUCUCUGAAGAAGCAAAAAUGAGCCUUUCUUUCCUGUUCCCUUUCCCUUUCACUUUGCAGCUUGAGUCAUCAUCCACACGCAUCCAGAACUGUGCUCCCCUAACUGGCUAGGUCUUCAUCUAUUCAAGCUGACCCUGUCAGCCACGUGCCCCUUCUGAUGCAAACACAGGAGAGUUCGCAGGACGGAGGGGAGAACUUGAUACAUGCUUAAAGUUCAAGUAUUUAUUAUUUAUAUACUCUUUCUGUGUAACCUGAAAAGGUAUUUAUGUUUUUGAUAACUGUAAUUUUUCUAAUACGUUCAGUAAAUAUGAUUUCUAAAUUGUUUACAUUUAUUACUGAGGCGGACACAUCAUUCAUAGAAUGAGAAAUCCACAAGAGAGGAAGAGGCAAAUUUCCCAUCUCUGUUCAGGUUUCAGUUCUUGCUCAUAUCUGUGUCCCUGACAGCUGCUAGGUCUCAGGGAGGAGGAGUCUAAGAAUGUAGCAUGUUUGCCUACUUAGGACCAGACAGUACCUCACACUUCUGGUCACUCAAAUCCCCCAGAGGUGCCUGACUGGAUGCAGACUCCCUGUUACAUAGCCUUCAGUAAGCAUCUGACUACUUUGUGCAAAAAUUUUAAUUAAUGCUGUGAUGAUCAGACAGGAUGACUGACACAUCUGGGUUUAUCCUGUGUGGUUUUAUGUUAUUAUUUAUUAUUAUUAUUAUUAUUAUUUUGAACAGUUGAACCCAGAACUUUGGACUGAGCUACAUCCCCAGCCUUUUAAAAGUUUUUGUAUGUUGAGACAGGAUCUAAGUCACUAAUUUGCCCAGGCUACCCUCAAAAUUGUACACUCCUGCCUCAGCCUCCCAAGUGCUAGGAUUACUGGUGUGUGCCCCCUACCCAGUUCUAUUUUUAUUUUUAGAACCAUAUUAUUCAGCCAUCCUUCCAUCAAAACUUUCUCCGCAGAAUCCCAAUCAUGGCAGUUCGCAGGCUCUGGAGUUUUAUUUCCUUUCCACUUCCAGGCACACUGCAUUGUCUUGUUUCAUAGCUGGUUGACUGGUCCAAAGCGUGGAGAAGGGCUGUCUCACCUGCUCCUGUUCCUGGCAAUGCAGCCUGAAGGCAGGCCAUUGUCUACUGUUCCUUGGGAGCUCUGAGACUCCCUCAUCCUUUGAAGACUCCCGAGGUUCCCAGUCUACUGGAGUGUUAGCCUGGUCACUAGCAAUGUCAAAAAACACAAAGUGGUUUGGUACAAAAUACAUGUAUUUAUGAAUUUAUGACCAAAUUAAAUAUGAAACCUUAUAUAAAAA